UGGCAGAAUAACAAAUGUUAGGGAGUGCGUUGAAGAGCAGCAUCUGUGUUUAUUUCAGCGUAUGCAAGCUUACGGACGAGGGUGCAUGCGGUGGCGGCUGUGUUGUUUUGGAUGAUGCGCAUUGUGGAGGUGAGGCUGUCGGGUUACCCUUGCCUCCUCUUUGCUGCAGUUUGUCUGUGACCUGGAACACGCGGGCUUCACUGACACGCUGUUGAGAAAGCGUGGCAGUGCCGUGCGUGAGAGACGCUGUGACCUGCGUUGUCGUGGAGGGAAAGAGGAGCUACCGAACUAGUGAGUGGCGGCGGUCAGCUGUUCUGUGAGGUGGUACUCCCUGCAGCAACAGGUGGAACCGUUACUUGUCGUAUCCUGUAGUUCAGAUUGUUGACAAGAAAUUUUAGGCAAUUGAAAGGUGAGCAGGAAAUGGCUGUCUUGAAACACUCGUGAUAAUUUUGAUAUAAACGAAAUGCAUGAAGUCCUUCACCUUGCAAAAAGGGAACACAACAGACUACAACCUGAUGGAAAUGAAAUUAACAUAACAAUUCAUCACAAGAAAUAUGACUCACCUGCUUUGUUGACCAAGGUGGGAUACAAGGUAUGGAAUCAAAAAUAAACUGUGCAGUUGGAAAGCCGAGUUGAUUGAAGGUAUUACUGGUGUGGUGACAAAAAUGAAUGAGAAUUAAUGGACUAAAUGUUGAAGUGUUUCACCUUGGAAAUGUAAAUUUUGGAAGUGUUGUGUCACUGAGCUGGCACAAAGGAAGAGAGUGUAGGUUGUGGCAAAAUGAUGACCGAGAAGAUGUGGAGUCGCUUGCACUCUUUGUAUCACAAGGUGGUGGGAGGAACAGUUGGCCUCUCAGAAGCUGGACAACAGCCUGAGUCUGCGGGCAGGCAGAAGCUAUUGGAUUCUGUGGCAGUGAAGCUGAAGGGAAGAUGGUUCCAUCCCAACGUCUCGGGCCUGGUGGCGGAGGUCCUGCUGAAGGACCGAGGCAUCGAGGGAUCUUUCCUGGCUCGGCCCUCCAAGUCCAAUCCUGGCGACUUUACACUCUCUGUGCGGCGGAAUGGGGAGGUCACACACAUCAAGAUCCAGAAUAUGGGAGACUUCUAUGACCUGUAUGGCGGGGAGAAGUUUGCCACUCUGGCGGAGCUGGUGCAGUACUAUAUGGAGAACCAGGGUCAGCUGAGGGAAAAGAAUGGAGAAGUGAUUGAACUCAGGUAUCCCCUCAACUGUGCUGAUCCUACCACAGAGAGAUGGUUCCAUGGCCACCUCUCUGGACGGGAAGCUGAGAAGCUCAUCCUUGAGAAAGGAAAGAAUGGAAGCUUUUUGGUGCGAGAGUCCCAGAGCAAACCAGGCGAUUAUGUAUUAUCUGUCCGCACAGAUGACAAGGUCACACAUGUCAUGAUCAGAUGUGUGGAAAACAAAUAUGAUGUUGGAGGAGGAAGGAAAUUUGACACACUAAGUGAACUUGUGGAGCAUUACCGGAGAAACCCAAUGGUGGAACAGUCUGGCACUGUGGUUCCUCUCAAGAUGCCCUUCAAUGCCACCCGGAUCAAUGCCCGUGGCAUUGAUAGUAGAGUGCGAGAACUUUCGAAGGAACAUCAGGGGCCUGCUAUGGGGAAAGCAGGAUUCUGGGAGGAGUUCGAGUCUCUGCAACAACAGGAAUGCAAGCAACUCUACUCACGAAAGGAAGGACAGAAACCAGAGAAUCGCAACAAAAAUCGUUACAAGAAUAUUCUACCUUUUGAUCACACUCGAGUAAUUCUGCGAGACACAGAUCCAGGAAUUCCAGGCUCAGACUAUAUCAAUGCCAAUCUUAUAAGUAGUGAAGAAGAUCUUGGAAUUGAAGGCAAGACGUACAUAGCAACACAAGGCUGCCUGCCUUCUACACUUGCAGAUUUCUGGUGGAUGAUUUGGCAGGAGAACACCAGAGUAAUUGUUAUGACAACCAAGGAAGUGGAGCGUGGCAAGAACAAAUGUGGACGAUACUGGCCUGAAGAAGGUUCCAGCAAAGAUUAUGGUCGCAUUACAGUCCGCAAUAUUUCUGAGAGUUCAAACAACGACUACAUUCUUCGAGAAUUUCUGGUUGUCAAUGACAACAAGGAUAACCAGUCGGAAAGGAAAAUAUUUCACUACCAUUUUACAGCUUGGCCAGAUCAUGGUGUUCCAUCCGAUCCUGGCUGUGUCCUCAACUUCCUGCAUGAUGUAAACAAACGACAAGAGGAUAUCCCCUCAGCUGGACCAGUAGUGGUACACUGUUCUGCUGGGAUUGGACGCACUGGGACCUUCAUUGUCAUUGAUAUGAUUCUUGACCAGAUCAAAAGACAAGGUCUUGACUGUGAAAUAGAUAUCCAACGUACCAUACAGAUGGUGAGGUCUCAACGCUCAGGAAUGGUACAGACAGAAGCCCAGUAUAAGUUUGUAUACUUGGCUGUGCAGCAUCAUAUAGAAACAGUUCAACAACGCAUCUCGGCAGAACAGAAGAGCCUACAGUUAGGAAGGGAGUACACAAACAUCAAGUACAGCAGUGAGGCUGCAGGGGGAAUUGAAAUGGGGAAAUCCCUUUCCCGGUCAACCAUAUCUCUUCCCACUACUCCUUCCACCACUCCACGUGAUCCCAAGCGGCCCAUGUCCACUGCUACUCUUCCCAAAACACAAUCAGAGAACCAUUUACCAAGGCCUCCUGAUGAACUCCCGAAACAGAUUUAUGAAAAUGUUCCUCCGGCUGUGAAAGAGAAGAAGACGAAAUCAGCAACUAUGUCUCCAAGUACCCCCACCUCUCCUACCUUCCCAACUCCCCCUAUGGGUUUCUCUGCAGCAGGAGCUGGAUCUACCUUUCCCUCCCCUGCUGCUGCUCCCCGUCCCUCCAUGCCACCCCGUGCCACUUGACAGGGGAGUUCAGAGUAGAAAGAGCAUUUCUUAAAAGACUUUUACUUGCAUUGCACAAGCUGUUUCUUUUUGCUUUCUGAGAUUCACCAUGUGUAAGAGCCUCCAGUAGUGAAGGAGUCCUUUACAAGAUGGGUGAGUGGCCAACCACAUCUAGACCUUUCUGCUCUGAACAAGGAUUGAGAACUCCCAGAAUUUAGGAUUAACCUUUUGUACAAAUAAUUAAAGGCUGGACCUAGAGACAAACAUGGAAAGGAGAUACAGCUCUACUUUUGUUGAAAAAAAAAAAGAAAAAAAAGAAAAAGGAAGAAAAAGUUGACUUACCAUUAUCAGUGUCUCCUUUAGCCUGAUGCAGACUGCAUAGCUAGUCAACUGCAUUUCUCUAAUAUUGGAAUAAUAUCACAUAAUUUUGACCUUGGGAGAGCAAUGAAUGCAUUGAUAGCUAGAGUUUGCUAUUAAUUUUACACGAGAUUAUAACUCUGAGUGAUCAUCAUUGCUUCUAAUCUCUAGAAGGCAUACUUACUAAGUAUUGUGAUUACAACAAUCACACAGAGAUUAAAUAUGUCAUUAUGACUGCAGAGAUAGGUAUUUUACAGUCAGUUAUAUAUUGCAUGAAAAUGUGUGUGCUUACUGUUAAAUCAUUACAUUGUAAAAUCAUUUCCUUACACAUUUCAUAUGUUACAUGUAAUUGCAUUACAUUCAUAUACCACUGUGCAUGUCAUGGGUGUAGUGGGAUAGGAGGGGAGAGAAAGCCAUAAGGUAUCUAGCUUGCAUUACAUUUAUGGGAUUAGUUCUGAUGGAAUCACUUGGUGUCAUAUUAAGUUGAAACUGGAUGGGAUCAAAUUACUUUGGAUUUUCAGCUACCCAGCUUUACAAAAAAGUUUUAGUAGAGCUAUGGAUAUGAAUAUUACAAAUGAAUAGCCUUAAGUAGGUUAGGCAAAGAUGAAUUUUAAAUUAUUGCAAAGUACACUUUUAUUAAUGGAAGUAAUUUCACUUCCAAAACUUGGAGAAAUAUUUAUUUUUUAUCUUCAUUGUUACUCCUGCUGUUUGAAUUUUUAAAAUCUAGAUAUAUGGAUGUCUUUUAUCGCCUAUUAACUGAAGGGAAAACAAAUAUUUAUAUUAUUUUUGCAAAUAAAAAUCACUAUCUUUUCAGCCUUAGCAGAGACAAAACUACAUUAAUAGAAACUAAGCAAACAUAUAUUGAAUAUAAACUAAAUAGUAAACAAUAAAAAAAAUAUUGUAAAUACUGCUGGAUGAUCCCAAUAAAUGAUUAAUAUUUGACAGUGCUUAAAUGAAUGGUUAAUUACUUUUGUGUUUACAAGAUAUAUAAUUUUUACAUGACCUAAAAAUCAGCACCAUCAACCAAUAUCAUUAUUUAAAUUAAUCUGCUAAUAAAUUUGGCCAUACAGUAGUGAUCAAUUGAUGGAUUCAUUUAGUGUAAAAUCAAAAGCACUAAAGACAGCUGUGGUCAUAUGUAAAAAUAAAAUUCUAAAUAACAAACUAUUCUUCUGGCUUUUGAUACUAAUUCAAAUGUGUGUGUGAGUGAGAGAGAGAGAGAGAGAGAGAGAGAGAGAGAGAGAGAGAGAGAGAGAGAGAGAGAGAGAGAGAGAGGGUACCAAUGUUAAUGUUGGCUCUUCUCUAUUUUGUAUUAGCACUAAAAAGUUACUUCCAAUGAAGACUAUUGGCUGGAAAACCAUGUGAUUCCACUCAGGUAUGUUACUUGUAGUUUUGAGGGAUAUUUAAAGAUGUUGGUUUAGUCUCUUCUGUUUUUAUGUGAUGAUGAAAUGAACACUGUAAAUUAAUGUAUUUACUUUAUGUUCAGGAGAUUAUCAUCAAGAUACAUGAGAAAUACAGUUAUGCAAGCAACUGUAAAUUUUAUUGUGAUCAUCUUAGGGUACACUUACAAAAUCAUUAGUAUACUGUAAUGGAUUCAACAUUAUGCUUGAAAAUCCUAUAAACUACAAAUUAUGUACAUUUACAGAAAGAGGGCACAAAAAACAAAACAAAUAUUCUUGCAAUAAGAUGUACACACAAUCUACAUCAAAAUGCAAGGCCAUAAUAAUGGCUACAAUGAAUAACAUGAAUUCACCAUUAAAACUCCCUAAUGGAACAGUGGAACAGAAAAGGACUGGCCACCAGUGUGGUUUGCACAAUUCAUUAUUUUUAAAUCAGAAAGCUAGAUAAACAGUAAACCCUCCUCUGUAUUUUUUUAAUAAGUUACAUUUUGAUGCAUUCACAAUAUUCAUUAUGUUACUGCUGUUUUUCCUUUUGCAAGAUUGAAUUAUACAUUUUUUUUAAAAUUGUUUUUGAUGCAUUCACAAUAUUCAUUAUGUUACUGCUGUUUUUCCUUUUGCAAGAUUGAAUUAUACAUUUUUUUUUAAAUUGUGAUGUAUCCAUUACAAAUAUUACUCACUCAAUGCAAUGCCAUUACAUGUAAUGUUUCUGUACAUCUCUGCUUCAAAGAAUCAAUGCUUCUCAAUGUCACUUUUCAAGACUUCACUUUUAUUUACUGAUGCUUAUACAUUCCAAAAUAAAAAAAAUAUGGGUUCUGUUUCUCAACCCACUCUUUAGUGAGACGAGUUAUUUUCUGGAUCUGUUUUAGGAAUUUGAAUUUGAUAGAACUGUUGGAUAAAAUGAAUUCCAUUCAUAAUCACUCCCAGGGGAUGCCUAAAGCCUAAAAACACAUUCACUUGCCACUUCAACUUAAUAUCAUGAAUGCUGUUUUGUUCCUUUUUACUCUUAUUAUGAUGUGAAGUGUUAAGCAAAAUAAAAUGAGCAUUUUACAGUGCUAGUAUAUUUAGGUUUUGAUAUAUCUUAAUCUCAGUGGCAAGGGAAGUCACUGUCUAAAUAAAUUUCAUUUACUUUCUAAUAUGCAAGAUUGGAUUAUAUAUAUAUAUAUAUAUAUAUAUAUAUAUAUAUAUAUAUAUAUAUAUAUAUAUAUAUAUAUAUAUAAUGCCACUGUGACUGGCUCAUAGUGAAAUUAAUCAUAGGCAUUCAGUAAGUUAUGUAAUAAAUCCACAAGCAGUAAAAUUUUAUUGAGUUUUCACAGACAGUAAUUUAGACACUGAAUUUAUUCUGACAAUUUGAAUUUUUGAGGUUUGACUUAAGAGCUGAAGAAAUGAGUACAUAGUCCUGGGUCAAAAGGUGUGUGUAUGUGUGAAGGGAGCUUCUGUCCCUCCCUGGUAAUAGGGGCUGGCGAGUGAUUAGGCUCUUGAGAUUAUGUUGCUUUCUUGUUCUUGCCACAGCCGUUCAUGCUGACAUUGGCUUCUUCAUUCAGCUGUUGAAAAUUUCUCUGAAUCCAGUGCUUUCAUGACUUUUUCUUAAACUUCUCAUCUUCCCUUAGCAUGACCAUUGUGUGAAUUGCCAGAGCAUUAUCUAAUUGCUCAUAUACACAAAAAUUUCUUUCUUGAAAGUACUGUAUUUUCAUCUUGUAAAUCUACUAAUUUUUCAGUCCUUGAUCAGGUUUCCACUUCAAGGUGAGAGGCAGGCUGCUGGUCCAAGGUCACUGUACAUCAUAGGUUACUCACUCUAUGUUUCAUGGCUUCUGUAGAGCUGAGUAUCAUUAGAACAGUCAUAUGCACUGUGUUUUUUAUGGUGCAUGGUUUAAAGUGCAACUGUGCACUGAAAUUUUUCUGGUUGUUUACCGUGUGCCAAAUAUUGUAACUUGUGCUGUUGUACUGCUGUGCUUAUGUGUGUUGUGCUCUUUAAAAACUGCAAAUUAGCACCUUAGUGUUUCAUCUGAAUAUAGGAGAAACACCUUUAAUUUUUAAAGUUUCUCACCUUUUUUAUUUGCUCCUAUUCACUGUAAGCUUUCCUUGGCACAUCUAUUAAAUAACUUCUUGCUUGUCAUAUCUAGCAAUCUUGCUCAUCAAAGUGUUUGAAUGUUUUGCUUGGGGAAAAGCAAUUAAAAUAUUUGUACACUAGAUCUCAUUAAUGGACAGAUUAUUGUGUUUGAUCUCCAGUUGUGAUUUACUGGACUUGAUGUACUUUGAUGUCAUGCAGUACUACUACAUACUAUAUUGUAUCUGACUUUUAGGGAAAUUAUCGGUGAAGAACAUCGAUCAGUGAAUUAAAUGUAGUGUUCUCAGUUGUCGUGUAGAGUAACUGCUGUAUUUUCUUUAUAAACAAUGACUAAGUAAUGGCUGCUGCCAGCUCAGCAUUGUUAACCUGUCUCCAGUAAUAUCAAAUACUGAUGGCUCUCUUCAAUAACAUACUUAGGUCCUCUCUCUCUCUCUAAUUUUCAUAUUAUUAUUGAUAAAGCUUUUCAUGACCAUGGAGAAAUAGCUGUAAAAUCCAGUUAUGUAUGUUCUUAUUCUCAUACCCUUCAGCUUAACUUGGUUUCCAUUCUAUUCAAGACAAUGCAAAUAAGUUCAAGUAGCCAAAGUGUAGAUUCUUCUCAAAUGCAGAGAAACAUUGCCUAAAUUCUGUGCACGUACUCACAAGAGUACAAAAGUGGAUAAUGUGGCAUCUGACUUCAGUCAUCCUUUGUCUGUCAGUUUUCAACCUUUCUUAUCACUCUUAACACAGGCAGACAUUAGCCUUCCUCAUUCAGUUUGCAUUUCUGAAAUUUGACUGUAAGAAUUGUUGCAGACUUAACAUUCAGAAAUGUGGUUUUCAGUACAUAUGUACACAUGCAUACACAUAUACAAGUGAAGGAACAUCUAUAGUGCAGGUGUGGUGGCGAGCAAAAUCUCUCCCAAGGCAAGUUGAGACAAAUCACAAUUUGAUCUGUUGUAAAAAGAGUAUUUCACAAAGUCUACAAGCACAAGUUAGGUCAGCUAUAUGUUUAAUUUAAUGAGUUUGUCAUUGCCUUUAGACCAUCACAAUAGAUGAUCUUCAAGAUAUUAUUAAAAGAGUCUGGUGUAGCAUGUGAGUGGCAAUCAAUAUUGAUGUGUUCUCUAAUUAGUUUGUAUUUACUUGCAUGACUUGUGCUCUAUAUUAUUGAACCUUGCUAAGGGAAAUGUUGGUUCCUCUGCACUAAAAGAAUGGAACAAGGAAGGUCUCAUUGUAUAUAAAAUCACCACCAGCCUGGAAAAAAAUAAGUUAAGAUAUUUUCAGAAACAAUGUCAAUCACAAAGCAACAUUUUCUGAAAGUAGAAUCAAACUUUGGUAGUUGGGAGGAGUGAUGAGACUACCUAAACCUUUCGGGUUGAAGGUCUUGUUAGGAUGAAAAUGUCUUGUCCCAGUACCAGAAACUAUGUAGCAGGGAUAAAAUAAGACAAAAUAACUACAUACUACUCUCUGUAAAAGUAUAUAUAGAUAUAUUCUACAGUUAUUUUAUCUCUGGUUUAUUUCCCCUAGAAUCACUUGUUUGUGUCUUUUCUUGUGUUGUAUCUGUACCCUCGUGACAUACAACUGAAAUCAUAUUCAGUGAAUGUUUUGAUGCUUUCUGCUCUAAAAAAAAUCCCUGUUUACUGUUCUAAAAUAAAACAUUAUACUUUA